ACGCAAUAUACAAUUCGUAAUAUUUUGCUUUUUAUAAAACUCCUUUUUUCGAUAACAAUUGUGACUAAGUCCCUAUACCAAAAAAUUAUGUUUAAGAAGUGUCAGCAUAUUGUAAUACACAGCAUAUUAUUGUUUUAAAAGAUAAAUUAUAUUUUGACUCCGCGUUUAUGAUUUAUAAAGGAAAAAAAUACAAAAUGAGCGAAUUUCCGUACAAUAAGUGUAUAUAUAUAAUUGAUAUUGAUAAUGAUAUUGGCCUUACUAUAUAAAAAUAAGGUACAUAAAUAAGGGUAGUUUUAGCUUAAUUAACCUUUAAUGGAGAUAUAGUUACUUUGUCAAAUAAGCUGAAACUACGCUAAAAAAAAUUUUAUAUGUCUGAUAUUUUCGAUUUUGGAAUUGGAAAAAAAAUAAUUUGCUUUGGGACUUCUGAUACUUGGAAAUUUUACGAUUUGCUUACAUAUAGGGAAGUAAAGAUGUCUACAGAUAGUUCGCCGAUUAAAUUCGGAGAAUAUUAUGAUAUUUUGUCUUAUUAAUCGGUCAUUAUUUUUGGAAAUAUCGUGUAUGAUAUAUCUUAUGAUAAAAUUUUAAAUAGAGUCCGUGUAAUCUAAAGAAAGGAUUAAAAAAAUAAAUAUUACACACUUCCUAUAAUAGACCAUAGGUACAGAUAUUUUUUUUCAAAAGGAAAAACUUUAAUUGCGGAUGAUGAAAAUCAUGAUGAUAAAAAUGUCUACUUAUAUUCAAUUGAAAAUAUAAUUUGUAGAGAUACUGAGCAUAUAACUAGUAAUCUAAAAUGUGUUUAAUGCAAAAAUAAUGAAUAUUUUAAAGAUGAUAUAUGUUUAGGUUGCCCACAAGGAACUUUUUUUGAAAUAAUAUAUUUAUUAUAAAAUAUUUGACGAUGUAACCUUGUAAUAUUAAUUGUAAACUUGUCAAAUGAUAAUCCAGAUAUAUGUGCUUCUUGUAAUUCACCUAAAGUUUUACAAAUAAAAAACUAAACAUGUGUAGAUGCUUGUGAUAGUAAUUAAUAUUUAGAUAAUACUCAAGUUGAUAUACCUAAAUGUAGGGAUUGCAUUAAUUUAUGUCUUAAAUGUGUAGACGCAAAUUCUUGUUAACUUUGUGUAAAUGGCAAUUUUUUUAAUACAAAUACUUUGAAAUGUGAACCAUGUGAUGCUUAGUGUACUACAUGUGAAAACGGUACUGAUAAUACUAAAUGCCUGUCCUGCUCACCUCCUUUAUAUUACCAAUAACUGGAAAAAAAAUGCGUUAGGAAUUGCAAUUAAGGCUAAUAUGCGAACUCUUAAAGUGGUUUAUGUGAAUUAUGUGAUCCGAAUUGCUAAACUUGCAAAGAUUCAAAGACUUCUUGUCUUACUUGUAAUAAUAAUUAAUAUUUAUAAACUAACUAAACUUGCAAAGAUAUCUGUUUACCCAAAUAAUAUCCGGAUAAUGCGAGAAAAUGCUAGCCGUGUAAUGCAUCAUGCUUAUCAUGUAUUAAUAAUACUUCAUGUUCUACAUGUGCUGAUGAUAAUUAUUUAAAUCCUUUAACUUAAUUUUGCUCACCUUGCUCCGCUAACUGUAGAACUUGUGUUAAUAAUGCUGAUACUUGUACAUCCUGUAUUAAGGGCUAAUAUUUAAAUACUGAUACUAAUAGAUAAAAAUGCGUUAUUUCUUGUUAAUAAAAUUAAUAUGCAGAUGCUUUAAGGACAUGCUAAUAAUGCAAUGCGACUUGUCUUACAUGUUAAAAUGCUAUUUCGUGUAACACAUGUAAUGCGGGAUAUUAUAUAAACACAAGGAGUAAUUUAUGUGAAAAAUGUGAUGAUAAUUGUCAAACAUGUGAAAAUGGAAUAGUAAAUAAUUAAUGUAUUACAUGUAAUAAUAAUUAAGUUCUUUUAUAAACUAAAAAAUGUGUCGAUAAUUGCGAUAAUAAAUAAUAUGAGGAUUUAAAUAAAAAUUGUUAGUAAUGUGAUCCUACGUGUCUUACUUGUUCGAAUUCUAAUACAUGUGAUACUUGUGAGGAAGGAUCAUACUUAAAAAGAAGUACAUAAAAAUGCGAAUUAUGUGACUUAAAUUGUAAGACGUGUAUAGAAAAGGGCAAAUGUGUAUCUUGUAAAUAGAAUUAUUUUCUAACCUAAGAUUAAUAAUGUAAACUUGAAUGUGAUUAUCUUUUUUCCCGAUUCUUAAGGAAAUUGUUAACCAUGUGAUUCUAAUUGUUUAAAUUGUAAACAAUUUAAUUAAUGUACAGAAUGCUUUUAGGGACUCUAUUUAUUUAAUGGAUUUUGUAGUAAUGAAAUUUAUUGCUAAGAGAAUACUUACUUAGACCAAAAUGAGUGCAAAACAGAAUGUCCUUAAAAUAAAUUUAAAAAUCUAGAGACUAAUACAUGCGAUCCUUGCCAUUUCUCAUGCAAAAGAUGCACGGAAGCAGGCAAUAUUAAAUGCUUGGAGUGCGAAAAUGGACUUGCUUUGAAUGAAGAUGGUAAAUGUGAGAAAAAAGUAUAAGAAACAAAUGCGACUACUAGUAAGUUGAUGUUUAAAGUAUAUCUUGUAGUUACUAUAUAUAUAUUAAUCGCCUGUAUAAUUUGCCAUUUUUUAGAUUAUAAAUCCUAUUUUAGAAAUAGGAAAGUGAAAAAUUUCGAAGAAGAAGAUUGCAAACCGAAAAUAGAAAAAUCUUAAUUGGAACGCGUAAAAGACCAUAUUGCUGCAAUAUAAAUGCAGAAGAAAAUGUAAACAAAGAAAAUUAAAGGUAAAGGCUAAGGUCUAAAUCAGAUAUUCAAAAAGCAAAUUAAUAAAUAGAAUAAAUAGACAUAAAAUCACAAAAGAAUAAUAAUAAAAUUAAUAGAAAUCCAAGAAAAUAAAGUAAUUAUAUAAGUUAAAGUUAAGCUUGCCCUGAUUAAAAUACUUAAAAUAUGUCUGAAUUUAAAAAUUUUAUCGAUAAAUAGAUUAUAUAAAAUAAUAAGAAUAAGAAAAACAAUACAAAUGUUAUUUUAUUUAAUGAUAUUUAAAAUGAAAAUAAUAAUAUAAAUAAAGUUAAUAGAAUAAAUAUAAAUCAUAAUUAUUAUUAAUAUGACUAGAAAUUAUAUUUUACAAUUAUUGCGAAUGAAUUUUUGGAAAUGUAUUUAAUAUAAGACUAUACACGAAAUUCUUUAAUUAGGGCUUUAUUAAUGUAUUUUAAAUAAUGCUUAUUUAUGCUAGUUUGCUUUUAUUAUAAUAUGA